AUGGGGAAGAAGAGCCGAGUGAAAACUCAGAAGUCAGGUACAGGAGCCACAGCAACAGUAUCUCCAAAGGAAAUGUUGAAUCUAAUUAGCGAGUUACUGCAAAAGUGCAGCAGUCCAACCCCAGGUCCUGGUAAGGAAUGGGAAGAAUAUGUACAGAUUCGCUCACUUGUUGAGAAAAUUCGCAAAAAGCAAAAAGGUUUGUCUGUUGUCUUUGAUGGAAAAAGAGAUGACUAUUUCCCUGAAUUAAUAAAGUGGGCAACUGAAAAUGGAGCAUCCACAGAGGGUUUCGAAAUAGCUAAUUUUGAAGAGGAGGGAUUUGGUUUAAAAGCAACGAGAGAGAUAAAGGCUGAAGAGUUGUUUCUGUGGGUUCCUAGAAAGCUGUUGAUGACAGUUGAGUCAGCUAAAAAUUCAGUAUUGGGAUCCCUGUAUUCUCAAGAUCGAAUUCUUCAAGCCAUGGGCAAUAUAACUUUGGCAUUUCAUCUUCUUUGUGAGCGAGCCAAUCCCAACUCUUUCUGGCUACCCUAUAUCCAGACACUCCCCAGUGAAUAUGACACUCCUCUCUAUUUUGAAGAAGAUGAAGUGCAGUACCUUCAGUCAACUCAGGCCAUACAUGAUGUUUUUAGCCAAUAUAAAAAUACAGCUCGACAGUAUGCCUAUUUCUACAAAGUCAUUCAGACCCAUCCUAAUGCCAGCAAACUGCCCUUAAAGGAUUCUUUCACUUACGAUGACUACAGAUGGGCAGUUUCCUCUGUCAUGACACGGCAGAACCAGAUUCCAACAGAAGACGGUUCCAGAGUUACAUUGGCUCUAAUACCUUUGUGGGACAUGUGUAAUCAUACUAAUGGACUGAUCACUACAGGCUACAACUUAGAAGAUGACCGCUGUGAAUGUGUAGCCCUUCAAGAUUUCAAGGCUGGAGAACAGAUUUACAUUUUUUAUGGCACUCGGUCAAACGCUGAAUUUGUGAUCCACAGUGGUUUUUUCUUUGAUAAUAAUUCACAUGACAGAGUGAAAAUAAAGCUUGGCGUGAGUAAAAGUGACAGGCUGUAUGCUAUGAAGGCAGAGGUCUUAGCUCGUGCUGGUAUCCCAACUUCUAGUGUUUUUGCCUUGCACUCCACUGAGCCUCCAAUCUCUGCCCAGCUUUUGGCUUUUCUUCGAGUGUUUUGUAUGAGUGAAGAAGAGCUGAAGGAACAUUUGAUAGGCGAGCAUGCUAUUGACAAAAUCUUCACUCUGGGGAACUCUGAGUUUCCCAUUAGCUGGGAUAAUGAAGUUAAACUUUGGACAUUCCUAGAAGCCAGAGCAUCCCUUCUUUUGAAAACCUAUAAGACAACCGUGGAGGAUGAUAAGUCCUUCUUGGAGACCCAUGACCUUACUUCACAUGCGAUAAUGGCUAUCAAAUUGCGCCUAGGUGAAAAAGAGAUCUUGGAGAAAGCAGUAAAGAGUGCAGCUGCUAGCCGAGAGUAUUAUACCAAACAAAUGGCAGAUGGAGCUCUGCUUCCUAAAUAUGAAGAGAGCAAUAUUGCCUUGCUGGAGAACACUGUGGCAGACUCUAGACUCCCUAUUGUCUUGAGAAACCUAGAAGAUGUGGAAGAGCAAGGGGACUUAAAGAUUGAUGAAACUAUUGAUGCUGAAGUCACAGAGAAUGGGUUUGUAAAUGGUGAAAACUCUCUAUUUAAUGGGACCAAAUCAGAAAGUGAAAAUCUAAAUAAAGAUGAAAGUACCAGAGAGACUGAAGAUGCCAAAGAAUCUUCUUCAGAAAGUACUGAUGAGGUUAAAGAAUAG